CUGCUGGGUCGGGUAAAUCGCGGCCCGUCUGACCCGCCCCGUGUGUUCCCCCCGGAGCAGGUCCCCUGAAAAGAACUGGAAAUGAUCUCCCACAUGGAUCAGAAGGAGGAAUUGUGGUUUUCCCACCUUCGCGCCUACCGAAAGAAGUCCGAGGCAGUGCUGAGCAGCAAUUGUGCAGCUGAAGAUGGGAUUGUGAGCAAAAAAGAGAAGAAUCCCCACCAAGGCAUCCCUGGGCCAGCAGAGCCUGAGGUUUUACUCUCAGGACUGUCCAAGGAGAACAAUUCCCAGAGUCCUGCACAGGACCCAGUCGUCCCACAGAGGUCUGAAAGGGUUCAGAGAGCUCUGGAGAAGAGGCAAAGCCGAGUGAUGCUGCCUGGGAGAAGUUUCAGGAAGCUGCCAGAUGUUACCCAGCAGAGAAAUUCCUCUGUGGGGAGACUGAUGAUAUGUGGGGACUGCGGGAAGAGCUUCCGUGUGAGUUCCAACCUCAUCCAGCAUCGGAGAAUCCACACAGGAGAGAAACCCUUCUCCUGCAGCGAGUGUGGGGAGCGUUUCCGGCAGCGCUCCCAUCUCAUCCAGCACCAGAGGAUCCACACGGGAGAGAGGCCCUACGAGUGCUCCGAGUGUGGGAAGAGCUUCAGCGUGAGCUCAAAGCUGCUGCGGCACCAGGUGACCCACACCGGGGAGAAGCCCUUCAGGUGUGCCGAGUGCGGCAAGAGCUUCUCCGGGAACUCCCAGCUGGUGCAGCACCGGCGAGUGCACACCGGGGAGAGGCCCUACACGUGCAGCAGCUGCGGGAGCAGCUUCAGCGUGAGCUCGGCUCUGGCUCGGCACCGGCGCGUCCACACCGGGGAGAGGCCCUACACGUGCAGCAGCUGCGGGAGCAGCUUCAGCGUGAGCUCGGCUCUGGCUCGGCACCGGCGCGUCCACACCGGGGAGAAGCCCUACGGCUGCACCGAGUGCGGGAAGAGCUUCAGCCAGAGCUCCGAGCUCGUGAAGCACCAGCGGGUGCACACCGGGGAGAAGCCAUACAAGUGCUCCGAGUGCGGGAAGAGCUUCACCGUGAGUUCGGCCCUCAUCCAGCACCGGCGGUUCCACAGGGGCGAGCGGCUGUACGGGUGCUCCGAGUGCGGGAAGAGCUUCACGGUGAGCUCCCACCUCAUCCAGCACCGCCGCUUCCACACCGGGGAGCGCCCCUUUGAGUGCACGGAGUGCGGGAAGAGCUUCCUGUGGAGGUCGGCCCUGCUGCGGCACUGGCGGGUGCACAGCGGGGAGCGGCCGUACGCCUGUACUGACUGCGGGGACAGCUUCAGGCAGAGCGCCCACCUCACCCAGCACCGCCGCACCCACACCGGCGAGCGGCCCUACGCCUGUGCCGACUGCGGGAGAGGCUUCGCCGUGAGCUCCGCGCUCCUGCGGCACCGGCGUGUCCACAGGGCGGGGCAUCCCUAGACUCUGAUCCCCUUGGUCCCUGUGCCUCCGUUCUCUCCAUUGACUGCCCUGCUCACGGAGUGGGAAGGACUUUCUUCCAGGAGAACGAGUCCUAAAGGAGAGAGGUGCAAAUAGGGGAGAGUCAGUGCGAAGAACUGGAGGUCUGGAGGAGAGCGUGGACACAUCAGAGGCAGUUGAUGGUGUUCAGAGGGAAAGCUCCUGGGAGAGAAAGGAAGUGAU